UCCGUUUGUAACUUGAGGAUCUGCAUGAUAAGAGGAAACAGAACCUCCUCCACUUGUAACUUGAGGAUCUGCAUGAUAAGAGGGAACAGAACCUCCCCCGUUUGUAACUUGAGAAUCUGCAUUUUAAGAGGGAACAGAACCUCCCCCGUUUGUAACUUGAGAAUCUGCAUGAUAAGAGGGAACAGAACCUCCUCCGCUUGUAACUUGAAGAUAACCUCCUCCGUUUGUAACUUGAGGAUAUGCAUGAUAAGAGGGAACAGAACCUCCUCCACUUGUAACUUGAGGAUCUGCAUGAUAAGAGGGAACAGAACCUCCUCCGUUUGUAACUUGAGAAUCUGCAUGAUAAGAGGGAACAGAACCUCCUCCGUUUGUAACUUGAGGUUCUUAGGGAACAGAACCUCCUCCGUUUGUAACUUGAGGAUUUGCAUGAUAAGAGGGAACAGAACCUCCUCCGCUUGUAACUUGAGGAUUUGCAUGAUAUGA